AUGUCUGCGGAAUCUGUGCGGGAGCUCUCAUACCCAGUAAUCGAACAUGUCGGAGUCAGUGGAGCAUUGUGCUUCGUGGAAGACCCUUGGGCCAAUGUGGUGGAGGGCAAUAGUGGUCAACAGGCAAGAAACAAGAGGCCACAUAGGAACCCGGCAGGAGGCAACAAAGAAUUUACAGAUGCAACUGAGAAAACGGCACAUACAAGUCCGGGAGGAUACGGACAAAACAAAGAGACAAAGCUGAGCGCUGGGGGGAGACUGUAG